UGUAUAAAGAGAUGAGCGGAGGAAGAGGGAACAGAUUAGUGCGACAGUGUCUCUGUUAGCACUUAGCUCACACACACCUUCUACAGCAGAGAUAAACGACAGAAAGAAGGAACUGGCUAACAUCCCUUUUGAUUUUCUUUGAUGUUUUAGUCUAAUGGAGGAACCGAGGGAAGGGGAGCAUGUGCUUACGGGUCUAGAUGAGGAGGCACUAGUAGACCAUGGAAAGACCAGCUUCACCACUCAUACAAACUAUGAAAAGGAAGAUUUGGAAAGCCACAGAGCCGUGUAUGUAGGUGUCCAUGUUCCUCUUGGGAGGGAAAGCAAACGAAGGCAUCGUCACAGAGGACACAAACACCACCGAAAGAAGAAAGAAAAAGACAGCGAAGAAGGAAAAGACGAUGGAAGAGAGUCCCCCUCUUAUGACACACCAUCCCAGAGAGUCCAGUUUAUCCUGGGCACAGAAGAUGAUGAUCUGGAGCACGUCCCCCACGAUCUUUUCACAGAGCUGGAUGAGCUCUCCUUCAGAGAUGGCAGUGCCACUGAAUGGAAGGAGACUGCAAGAUGGUUGAAGUUUGAAGAAGAUGUAGAAGAUGGUGGGGAGAGGUGGAGUAAACCUUACGUGGCUACAUUGUCACUACACAGCUUAUUUGAGCUGCGGAGCUGCAUACUUAAUGGCACAGUCAUGCUGGAUAUGAGAGCCAAUAGUAUAGAGGAAAUUGCAGACAUGGUGAUAGACAGCAUGGUUGCAACAGGCCAGCUGAAAGAGGAAUUACGGGAGAAGGUGCGGGAAGCCAUGCUGAAGAAACACCACCAUCAGAACGAGAGAAAGCUCAGCAAUCGCAUCCCUCUGGUGCGCUCCAUUGCUGACAUAGGCAAGAAACAUUCUGACCCACUCUUGCUUGAAAAAAACGGAGAGGGCCUGUCCUCUUCACGUCUCUCUCUCCACAAGCCGGGGGCAGCCUCCUCUGUCUCCAACCUCUACCAGAGACAAGAGUCCAAGGUCUCCGUCCUGCUCAACCAUCUCCUGCCCUCCUCUUCCUCCAACACUGGGCCCUCCCCAGGCCCGUCCACCCCCACCACCCCUCAAAACACCCCCACUCCCUCCCGUUCCCACGGUGCAGGCCCUGGCCCUCAAGGUAUCCCUGAGGUGGUGGUAUCUCCCCCCGAGGAUGAUGACCUUCCAAAUUGUGCAGAGGAAGAGGCAGCGUCGCCACAGCUCAACCGGAGAACAUCCUCGGCAUCCCAGGGUCUCGAGCUGCUGCCCUUAGAAGGACAAAUGGUGUCUCCCAACUCUGUCCCUAACAACCUGGAUGGCAACAAGGCGGUGGAGAGGAGGCCGUCCAAAGCAGGGGUCAGUAGAGAAAGCAGCAGUGUCGACUUCAGCAAGGUGGACAUGAAUUUUAUGAAAAAGAUUCCUCCUGGUGCUGAAGCUUCCAAUGUACUGGUGGGAGAGGUGGACUUCCUGGAGAAGCCCAUAACUGCCUUUGUAAGGCUGUCCCCGGCAGUCCUUAUCACAGGCCUCACAGAGGUGCCUGUGCCCACAAGAUUUCUGUUCCUGCUUUUGGGUCCUCAUGGGAAAGGGCCUCAGUACCAUGAGAUCGGGAGAUCCAUGGCGACACUAAUGACAGACGAGAUUUUCCACGACGUGGCAUACAAGGCCAAAGACAGAACAGAUCUCCUCUCGGGGAUCGAUGAGUUCCUUGAUCAAGUGACUGUCCUGCCUCCUGGAGAAUGGGACCCCACUAUCCGGAUUGAACCUCCAAAGAAUGUCCCAUCUCAGCUGAAGAGGAAAAGGCCGUCCCAACCCAACGGCACUGCAUCUCCAGCAGGCGAGCUGGAAAAGGAGGAGGACCAUCAUGCAGGGCCUGAGCUGCAGAGGACGGGAAGGAUAUUUGGAGGUCUGAUCCUGGACAUCAAGCGAAAAGUACCGUUCUACUGGAGCGACAUCAGGGACUCAUUCAGUCUGCAGUGUCUAGCCUCCAUCCUGUUCCUUUACUGCGCCUGUAUGUCCCCUGUCAUCACAUUUGGAGGUCUGCUUGGGGAGGCCACAAAAAGCAACAUAAGUGCCAUAGAGUCUCUCUUUGGGGCUUCACUGACAGGAGUGGCAUACUCCCUCUUCGCAGGCCAACCCCUCACUAUUCUAGGCAGCACAGGCCCUGUUUUAGUGUUUGAGAAGAUCCUUUUCAAGUUCUGCAAUGAUUAUGGGCUGUCCUACCUGUCACUGCGGACUAGCAUUGGUCUGUGGACAGCCUUCCUGUGUCUGAUCCUGGUGGCCACAGAUGCUAGCUCCCUGGUUUGCUAUAUUACCCGAUUCACAGAGGAGGCCUUUGCUGCGCUCAUUUGCAUCAUCUUCAUCUACGAGGCUCUGGAGAAACUAUUUCACCUGGGAGAGCACUUUCCUGUCAACAUGCAUAACAACCUAGACAACCUUACCCUGUACUCGUGUCAAUGCUCUCCACCAGCCAACAUCACAGAAGAGCACAUUCAGAAGUGGAACCGGACAGGCUACACACCAGACACCAUCCCAUGGAGCAGCCUCAAUGUUUCGAUGUGUAAGAUGCUCAAAGGGGAGUUUGUGGGUGACGCCUGUGGCCAUCAUGGACCCUACAUCCCAGAUGUUCUCUUCUGGUCCAUUAUCCUCUUCUUCACCACCUUCUUCCUGUCCUCUUUCCUGAAGCAGUUCAAGACAGAGAGAUAUUUUCCCACCAAGGUGCGAUCCACUAUCAGUGACUUUGCUGUGUUUAUAACCAUCAUGAUUAUGGUGGUUGUGGAUUAUUUGAUGGGCAUCCCGUCUCCUAAACUUAAUGUCCCAGACCGCUUUGAGCCAACUUCAAAGAACCGGGGCUGGCUGAUGGACCCACUAGGAAUAAAUCCCUGGUGGACGCUGCUGGUGGCAGCACUGCCUGCUCUACUCUGCACCAUCCUCAUCUUUAUGGACCAGCAGAUCACUGCAGUCAUUAUCAACCGCAAGGAGCACAAGCUCAAGAAAGGCUGUGGCUAUCACCUGGAUUUGCUGAUCGUGGCUGUCAUGUUGGGUGUAUGCUCGGUCAUGGGCCUGCCGUGGUUUGUGGCAGCGACCGUCCUCUCUAUCUCCCACGUCAACAGCCUGAAAGUGGAGUCUGGCUGCUCUGCUCCAGGAGAACAGCCCAAGUUUUUGGGCAUCCGAGAGCAGCGGGUGACUGGAUUUAUGAUCUUCAUCCUUAUGGGUUGUUCUGUUUUUAUGACCUCCGUGCUCAAGUUUAUUCCUAUGCCAGUCCUGUAUGGAGUUUUCCUCUACAUGGGUGUCUCUUCCCUCAAAGGCAUUCAAUUCUUUGACAGGAUCAAGCUGUUUGGCAUGCCUGCCAAGCACCAGCCGGACCUGAUCUACCUGCGCUAUGUGCCCCUGUGGAAGGUCCACAUCUUCACCCUGGUGCAGCUCACCUGUUUAGUGCUGCUCUGGGUUAUUAAGGCGUCUGCUGCUGCUGUUGUGUUUCCUAUGAUGGUUCUGGCACUUGUCUUUAUCCGAAAGCUUCUUGACUUCUUCUUUACAAAGAGAGAGCUGAGCUGGCUCGAUGAUUUAAUGCCAGAGAGCAAGAAGAAGAAAGAAGACGACAAGAAAAAGAAAGCACGAGAAAAACUGGAACAGGAAUCCAGAUUGCAGGAGGAAGAGAUGGGGCUGAAGGUUGGCUAUGAAAGCUCCAACAGGCUCAACAUCCCAGUAAAAACACUCUCAGGAAGUUCUGAUUCUGACCCCUUGGUUGUAAAUAUCUCUGAUGAAAUGGUCAAAACCGCAGCGUGGAAAGCAGUGAACUCAAGUGCAGAGUCAUGUGCCCAACCUGAGAAACGUAGCCGCAGCCAGGAGAAGGUGGCCUGCGUUAGAGUCGAUGUUAGCCCAGACACACCAGGAGGAGGCUCCACUGCGGAGGCCUUCCUGUGAUCAAAGGGAGGCCCUCAUCCCCUCCUGACACCUCCUCCCACACAACACUCUACCCUGCUGACGGGCGCCAUCCUGGUGGUAAAGAAGGGAGAGCAUUUCACUGCUGCAGCGUGCCCUUCCUCAGGGUUGCGGGCGAGCUCCCACAGGACGGCCAGUCCUACUCCAAACAAGUCACGAAGUGUGCGGCUCGAUUGCAGACUGCUGAUGAUGCCCUGCAGAGUGCACACCUCAGAGGGAUGAAAGAAUUCUGCUGUUACUGCCCACCGAUGCUCACUGUUUAGGAACUCUAGGAAACUCAUCUCCCAUUAAAACCGCAGAUGCCAAAGGAACGGGCCUCACUGGUGGGGAUCUUGGACUGCUUGGACAGAAUUUUACUGUAUAACUCUGUUAUUUUAUUACUUUAGCUGGUCCUAGUGUUGUUCAUUUUCACCAUAAGCUCUCCAGCACUGUUUGUUUUCAUGUACAAAAACUUUACCAGCUUCAGAAGUCAUUAGAUUAAAGCCAUACAGGCACAGUCAGUGUCAGCGGAUUAUGUUUCAUCACUGAUCUGAUACUGUUAUGAAAAGAAUCUGCUAUGGUCUUAGCAAAAAUCAGACAAUAUACAUGCCUGUUUUGAUACAAUGGUAACAAAAAAGUCCUGAGCAUUGGAUUUGAGUUGCUUUUUUAUCACCAAAAAUUGCAGGCAAACUCCUCUCUACUAUCUAGACUGUACAAUACUGAAAUGUCACCUACAUAUUUGUGCAAUUCAGACAGUUCCCUCUCUUUUGCUCAUGGCAACAUUUGGUUAAAGAUAGCACUGAAGAUCUGAAGUUUCAGAUAAGCUUCAGUGCUUUUUACACCAUCCAUCAUGAAAAUAUUGUAUUGAUUUAUGUUGCCUUCAAAUGGAACUCGUGGUGAGGUUUUGACGUGAACUUGAAGCUUGCAGAAAAUCUGACUACCAUAAAAAUGAGGCUGUAAAUACAAUCUCAUUUGAAGGCACCAUUAGAGCGUAUGGUAUCAAAAAGUAUCGCAGGUGUUAAGGCACAAACCAAAACAGAGGUACAUUCGGAUAGUACCACAGCACACUACUACUAUUCAUACAUCUUUGUAGGAUGUCAUGAAUCAUCUCUCCACUCAGUAUUGAUAUUGCUGUUGUUGAGUUUUUUUUCACUGAAAACCUCACUGUUCAUAUUGUAUGUGCUGUUAUAGAAGUAUGUAAUGUGUGUUAUUUUCAUAUGUAACAUAGUAGAAACCUACAUCAGAGGCCAUAUAAAGUCUGUACUGUACAGGAAGCACUUUGCCAGUAUAGUUUCUUACCGAAAACAGAUUAUGGUGUAUUACUAAUAAUGAUAAUAAUAAUAAUAAUAAUAAUAAUAAUAAUAAUAAAUCUCGUCCUCUCACGGUAUCUAUAGAGCUGUAGUUCAAACGUCAGUGAAAAAGCUCAGGAAUCUUGAGUGAUUUCUGAUUGUGGUCACUUUGUAUUUUUGUCACAAGGCAGUGAUAAUUAACUGUAUUCCUUUCAUGGCUGGUAUUACACCUAUUUUAAUAAAUGCUGUAAAUCAUAAAAUAGGUACGGUGCAGAGUAAAGAAAAAGAGAAUAUUCAUGACUUUAGAAAGUUGCACCUGUUUUAUACUGUCUGUAUUAUUGUUGCUAUUAUUGCGUCUGUGUGUGUGCUGUAGAGAUAAAUGUGUAUGUUUAGCUCUGCAAAUCAUUUUAUGCAAAAUAUUUCUACAGUAAAUGUACAAACGAUUAUAUUAUGAAGUUCUUAUUUUGCUACGUGCAGUCGUGUUUUAGCAAUAAGUAUCCCAUACUGUGCGCUGUAUGGACUCAUGAACGUGGCUACUGUCAGGCAGAUAAUAACUAGUGUGAUGAUUUCUGUGUGUAGCUACAGUGACUGAUUUGGACAUUAGCUUACGUGCCUUGUCGGAGCUCAUUGUGUAUGUUGUGUUCAGAACGGAUGUGCAGGUACACACAAGGUGGCACACAAACGCCAAAGACAAAGGAUCAAUACUUUCAGAGUGCAGCAGCAAAUGGCUCAUCAUGUCUGUUCUCUCACAUCUUUGUGAAGGUGGUAGCCUCAUUAUCCAUUUAUCCUCCAUGGAAACGUAACGUCUGUGUGUGUUUACUGUCACAGCUCUAGUAUUUGCUCACACUUAAAGCUCUGUAAUCAAUAUUGAGGUACUGUUUAUUUU